CCCGGACACGAGCGGUCAGUCUGCGGAGGACGCUCGCCCCCGCGCAACGCGCCUGCCGCCUCCGCGACGCGACCUGCUGCCGCCGCCUAGCGCGACACGGCGGCGCCCGCCCCCGCAGGACAGGAGCAGCAGUGGGACGGCGCAGGGCCGCCAUGAGCCCGUAGCGGCGGCUGGAGGCGGCCAUGGGGCUGUGGCUGCGGUGCGCGCUGCUGGCGGCGGCGCUGGGGGCCGCUUCGGCGCCCGCCCCCGGCGUCUUCCUCAACCAGUUCGCCGUGCGCGUCGAGGGCGGCGCGGCCGCUGCCGACGACGUCGCCCACCGCAACGGCUUCGUCAACCUCGGACAGAUUGGCAGUCUCGAUGGUUUCUUCCUCCUGGAGCACCAAAGACUACAUAAACGAUCAACGACGCCAAGUGAUCACCACCAUCAUGCGUUGAUGGCAGAGAAGCAGGUGACGUGGGUGCAGCAGCAGCGGGAACUGAGGCGCUCAAAGCGCGACCUGGACGCAGCGGCCAGUACUACUCGCAGGCGAGCCGUCCGCGGCAACACCUCCUUCACGGACCCUCUCUACAAGGAACAAUGGUACCUGAAUGGUGGUGCCAAGGGCGGCCUGGACAUGAACGUGACGGGAGCCUGGAGGAUGGGCUACACCGGCAAGGGCGUCGUCGUCUCCAUACUGGACGACGGCAUACAGACCAACCAUCCCGACCUGGCGCCCAACUACGACCCGCUCGCCAGCACGGAUAUCAACGACAAUGACAGCGACCCGACGCCGCGCGACAACGGCGACAACAAGCACGGCACGCGGUGCGCGGGAGAGGUGGCGGCCGUCGCCUACAACAGCUACUGCGGCGUCGGCGUCGCCUACAACGCCAGCAUCGGCGGUGUUCGCAUGCUUGACGGCACGGUGAACGACGCAGUGGAGGCCCGGGCCCUGGGGCUGAACCCUGAACACGUGGACGUCUACAGCGCCUCGUGGGGGCCGGAGGACGACGGCAAGACGGUGGACGGUCCAGGCCCGCUCGCCAGGAGGGCUUUCGUCCGUGGAGUCACCAGCGGCCGAAAAGGCAAGGGCUCCAUCUUCGUGUGGGCGUCCGGGAACGGCGGCCGCCACACAGACUCCUGCAACUGCGACGGCUACACCAACUCCAUCUUCACUCUGUCCAUCUCCAGCGCGACGCAGGCGGGGUACAAGCCGUGGUACCUGGAGGAGUGCUCGUCAACGCUGGCGACCACGUACAGCUCGGGCACGCCGGGCCGAGACAAGAGCGUCGCCACCGUGGACAUGGACGGCCGCCUCCGACCCGACCACCUGUGCACCGUCGACCACACAGGCACGUCGGCGUCGGCGCCGCUGGCUGCGGGCAUCGUGGCGCUGGCGCUGCAGGCCAACCCCAACCUGACGUGGCGCGACGUGCAGUACCUGGUGCUCAUCACGUCUCGGCCAGAGCCGCUGCAGAGCGAGGCCGGCUGGGCGCUCAACGGCGUCAACAGGAAGGUUAGCCACAAGUUUGGUUACGGCCUGAUGGAUGCAGGCGCCAUGGUGGCCCUAGCGGAGAAGUGGACCAACGUGCCUACGCAGCACAUCUGCAAAUCCCAAGAGAUCAACGAGGACAGGGAGCUGGAGGCGUCGGCGGGCGCGAGCCUGCGCGUGCACAUGGACGUGUCGGGCUGCACGGGCUCGGCCAGCGAGGUGCGCUUCCUGGAGCACGUGCAGUGCCGCGUGUCGCUGCGCUUCCUGCCGCGCGGCAACCUGCGCGUGCGGCUGACGUCGCCGGCGGGCACGGCGUGCACGCUGCUGUCGCCGCGGCCGCGCGACCUGCUCAGCGCCGCGCUCGACGACUGGGCCUUCCUCAGCGUCCACUACUGGGGCGAGGCGCCCGACGGCCGCUGGACGCUCGACAUCGUCAACGCCGGCUCCCGCAGGGCGACGCAGCCCGGGAUGCUAAAGAAGUGGCAGCUCAUCUUCUACGGGACGGCCACGAAGCCGGUGAACGUGCGGUCGAGCGGCGACGGAGGGCCCGGUCCGCCGCCCAGAGCCCCGACGCCGCCGCCCGGAGCAGAACUGGGGCCUGGGGGCGGCGGGAGUGGCGAGGAGGGCGGCGGCAACGUGCGCGUGCUGCACACGUGCGACGCCGAGUGCGACGCGCAGGGCUGCUACGGCAAGGGGCCCACCCAGUGCAUCGCCUGCCGCCACUACCGGCUAGACAACUCGUGCGUGAGCCGCUGCCCGCCGCGCAGCUUCCCCAGCCAGGGCGGCGUGUGCUGGCCGUGCCACGAGUCCUGCGAGACGUGCGCCGGGCCCGGCCAGGACAGCUGCCUCACCUGCGCGCCCGCCCACCUGCGCCUCACCGACAUCGCCGUCUGCCUCCAGCAGUGCCCCGACGGCUACCUGGAAAAUAUGGAGGAGGGCACGUGCGAGCCGUGCUCGGGCAAUUGCGCGACGUGCGUGGAGCGCGCCGACCGGUGCGCCUCAUGUGAACACCACCUGCUGCUGUACAGCGGCCGCUGCCACGCCGCCUGCCCGCCCGGUACCUUCGAGACUGACGGAAACACGUGCUCGCCUUGCCACGCGACGUGCGAGUCGUGCCGCGGCGGCGCGGGCGCGGCGCAGUGCGUGACGUGCCGGCGCGGGCUGCUGUUCUCCGGCGGCAAGUGCCGCGAGGCGUGUCCGGCAGGUCAGCGGCCCGACGCCCGCCGCCGCGAGUGCGCGGCCUGUCCGCCAGGUUGCCUACACUGCAGCGCCACCGCCUGCCUGGCCUGCGCGACCGGCUGGACGCUGCACGCCGCCGCCUGUCUCCCGCGCGGCAACACGCACUGCGACUCCGGUGAAUUCUACGACGCGGGCGGCGGCCGGUGCCGGCCGUGCCACUCGACGUGCGAGGCGUGCGACGGCGCCACCGAGUCGGCGUGCGUGCGCUGCGCGUCGCCGCUGCUGCUGCAGGGCCGGCGCUGCGCGUCCGCGUGCGACGCGGGUUGGUUCCCCGAGCCGCGCGCCGCCGCCUGCAUGCGCUGCCCGCACGUCUGCACGCGCUGCCAGUCGCCGCUCAACUGCACCGCCUGCGCGCCCGGACUGCUGCUGCAGAGCGGGCAGUGCCGGCCCGUCUGCGCGCCCGGGUACUACGGGGACCGCGGCGUGUGCGCCAAGUGCUAUCUGAGCUGCGCCACGUGCAGCGGGCCGCGUCGGGACCAGUGCGUCACGUGUCCGCGGGGGUGGCAGCUGGCGGCCGGCGAGUGCCUCCCAGAGUGUCCCGAGGGAUUCUUCCAGACGCCCUUCGGUUGCGAGAAGUGUCACCACUACUGCCGCACCUGCAAUGGCCCGGGUCCGCUGCACUGCACUUCGUGCCCAUCGCGCGCCGAGCUGGACGUGGCUGCGGGACUGUGCGUGUCGUGCCUGGACGCGCAGUACUACGAGCCGCUGACGCAGCGCUGCCUGCGCUGCCACGCGACGUGCCGGACGUGCUCGGGUCCCGGCGCCGGCGGCUGCACGUCGUGCGCGUCGCCGCUGCGCCUGCAGCCCGCUACCGGCCGCUGCGUGCCCUGCUGCGCCAGAGAGCCGCGCGCUGACUGCUGCCCAUGCGACAACCGAACAGGUAGGCCACCAGCGACACUGAACGUCUGCCCGAUGUGA